CCGCGUCUGAAAUGUCCACCAUGUCUGUUUUAAGAAUACCUCGCGGAUCGAUAACUGUGAUAAGGAUGUGAGGACAACGGAAAUACUUGAUGGAAAAGGUGUAGUCGUUGUUUUGAAAUGUCUGAGUACGAAUAUAACAAUUUACUGUUCGAAAUAAGCCAAAGACUCGACAACAUAAAUGUUGGCAAGCAAUUACUUGUGAUAUGCAGAGGAAAACUGGCGGCUCGCCGUGGCGAAGAAAACAUCCCUACGUUUUCGUUGUUUGAAGAGUUAGAAGAGAAAGGAUUUCUGAGUUCCGAUCGUCUAUCGGUAUUGAAGGCCAUGUUAAAAGGCGUCAAGGAAUGGGCUUUUUUAGAAGAGGUUGAAAAGUUUGAAUACAAAAAGACGGAAUACAACAACUUGCUCGAGCAGAUUAUACGAGAACUUGACGAGAUAAACGAUCUGGAACGACUCGUCUCAAUUUGCUGCGGGAAGAUAACGGAAGAAAGGCAAGCCAGCAUCCAUGAUGUUCGAUCAUUAUUAAAGGAGCUAGAAAGCAACGGCCUUCUCGGAAUCGACUCUCUUAGGAUCAUGAAGGAGAUUUUGACCCAGACAGAAAAAUCCGAUCUGCUCAAGGAAGUAGAGGAGUUCGAGCAACGACAAAGACGUGAAAAUAAGUUUGAGCGACGAAAAGGUAUUUGCCCAUGUCCGAUGUCCGUUGUUGCAAAUUUGCUGGUUUCUUCCUCCCUAUAACCACUUUGUUUUCCUGGUACAGUCCACACAAAACUGAUUAGAAUUUAAACCUAUGAUCUAACAAAAUUAUUGCAUUUUACUUUAGCGCAAGCAGCUGCCAUAGCAUCGUCAGCUAUCGACAAAAUGGCUGCAGGUAAGAUAUUUAGUUUCACUCCUUCAGUAUAUAGACCCUCUUUGCAACUUGGUUUACUCCGGUGUUCCCUUCUCUAAAUAGAAUUCUACAUCAUAAUUCUUCAAUGCCGGUUCACCCUUAAACUACUUUCCAAUGGCUAUUAGUGCAUGUAAACGAGAUCCGAAUUAUAACGAGACUAAGUGAUAAAUCGUUCCUAGAACUUCCUUUACCCUUGUCUACAGGUGCGUAAUCCCAGCGGAUCGAGAGUCAGAGAAGCUGCAGGCAGAGUAAUGUUCGUCUAACUCUAUUCUGAUCAUGUCAACCCUAUUGCGAGUAUAACCCGCAAACCCAGUGUCAGUUGGCUAAAAAAUGUCCCAGAAAAUACGGAAAAGUUGUUUUCAUUACUAUGCUCUGACUUCGGAUUGUCCCUUCAAACACCACCUUUAAUUUGAAUCUCUGCUUCAGUUAAUUACCUAGAAGUAAGGAAAGCGAAAUCCCUUGUCAGCAUUUUGAGCUAUCUGGGCCUUUUAAAUUGAUAUUAUAAUAACAUAUUGUAAAUUGAGAUAUCUUAUGUCUAAAGUUUUUGGAAAUUAUUUUACUGAAUCGCUAUUAGCGUCCUUUAAACUUGUUUGAGAAACCAAUGGCAGCCGCCCAGUCUGGCUGCAAACUGGUGCAAGUGUUUGUAAUUCAUCCAUAUUCCCUCCCUUUCUUGGCCCAUUUGUUUAUUCUGCUUAAACGUAAUUUCAAUUGAUGAAAAAUAGAUUUUUAGACGUCAGAGCACCCUUUAAAUCAUUAUUCUAAGCAGGAGAGGUUACAAUCUUCUGUUGUCUUAAGUUAUAUUAGCUUACCCUGAAAAAUACCUGGUAACUGGAUAAUACAAGGCUCGGCAACUUCGACCCCAGGGCUUUUCUCUGAGAAAGAGGGAAGGCUCUGCUCAUAGCCGUAAAUGAAAAUCAAAGUAACUUAUAGAAACCCGUGGAUAAUUGUGUAGAAAAUCCUCUUGCCCUCUCCCACAUCUUUCGGGCCGCUCAGUGUGCAUGUAUCUCAACCACAAAGGAAAACACAUCAAAAAACCUGCCAAAUAACUACCUGUUAGGCAGGCUACUACUAGUAUUAGAGAAUCGAACUGUUCGGGAAGCAACCAACUUUUUUGUGCCACAUUUUAUAAGGAAAACCACUGAUAAAAGGUAUAGGAUGUAUAUUUCAGCACCUUGAUAAAUUUCUAAGCUAAAUAUGAUCACCGGCUAUCAGUGCAAUUGUAUGCGAUUCACUUUAAGCGGAAAGAUUACCGAGAACUAUAAUUCCUAAUUAUUAUGUUUUCACAACUGGGCUAGGGGAGCACAUGGUGAACAACAACGUAGUUUUUAAUGUCCAGGAUGUGACGUAGACUCAUGGUUCGUACAAGCCUAUUCAAGGAUUUUUCAAGUACAAAUCACAGUUUUAAAGGACUAAGAUAUAUUCAAUAAAUCGGCACUCUUUAACCCCCUUUUGAACACUUCAUGCAUGGCUAAACACGUCAUGGAGUUAUUUACGAUUUUUACUUCUUCAGUCAUGGUUGAUUAAUUUUUUAAUAUUACUUUCCGCAACAGCGAUUGCAAUUCACGCAUCUUAGGUACAGAAACAGCAUUUAAAAUAAAGAAGCAGAAUUAAGAUAAUGUUCAUGCACAAAAACGUUUUAUGACAAGGAAGUGAAUUUCAAGGAUUUUUCAAGACCUUAUAAACAAAUCAAGUACUUUUCACGCACCUUAACCGAAGUCAACGACUUUUCAAGACAACUACUAAAAUUCAAGACCUUUUCAAGAUCGUACGAGCCAUUUAGACUGGUGAUUGCAUAACAUCUUCCUUCCAAAGAAGAAAAAAGCUAUACCUUGGAUUUACAAAUGGACAAAAACCUAAAACGAAAACAGCUUAAUAAAACAAAUCAAAUGUUCCUUUGAUCACUAGGUAAGGAAGAAACUUGUACUGAAAGGGAGAAACCAAGGGGUGAAACAAAGUCUAUGUAAUACAUCAGUCCUGUUAAAAUCUCUCACUGAAUAAAGUCUUUUAGCAGGCUUUUACACUUGACAAUUCGCUCAGAUUUGGUCCGGAUCACAUUGCUGUUAGCUGGCAGUGUCUCAGCUGUGCUAGGAGUGAAUGAUGUAGGGGCCGUUUUGGUUAGUGGUAUUUUGAUCUCUAAUCUCUGUUAGUAGGUCUGUUCUCAAGUGGACCUGUGGGUCGGCUUUUGGAGCAGGCGGGUUUCUUGCGCCAGGCUCUUGAACUGGUGCACUGUCCAUUGACUUCAACCAGGUAACUGUGAGGGGCAAUAUUCUCUAGAACAACCAAGCUUCCAGUCGCUGUGGGGAUGCUAGGUAUGUGCUUUAACUCGUAAGAGUUGUCCAAUUACUAGACUAGGUAGCUGUUUGGCAAUGUAAUUAUGGUAGAGAUUGGCUAUUUGUCUCUUGUGCAUAGCUUGCUCGGUUACAGUGGACUGGACUUCAGGUUUGUACAGGGAAUCCUUGCACGGUAAAAACGAUCUUGUUCUACGUGACAUAAUGCGUUGGACUAGGCAACUUCAUUGAGAUGGGGUAUGUGAAUAUCUCCAUUAUAGAAUAGUUUUCCAUUAAUCUGCUCUUUGUUUGUUGCCUUUGCUGAUGAUGGACUUCAUUAUCUUGACUGCAGAAUCAGCCUUGCCAUUUGCCUGUGGGUGAUGGAGACUUGAUGUGACAUGUUGGAUGUCCUAGUCAUAAGCAAAAUAACUGAAUUCAGCAGAGGCAUAAUUAGGACCAUUGUCUGAGAUCAGGGUGACAUGGGUUCCAUGGACGGUAUGAAGAUAGAGACUACAGUUGUUUUAUCUCUAUGUAAUCUGAGUAGAGGUCAACUACGAUCAGGUAAUGGCUGCCGUCACAUUCAAAACAAUCACUAGCAACAAUUUGCCACGACAGAUUUGGAAUCGGGAAGGUCAUCGAAGGCCCUUUUGGGAGGGCAGCUCUGGUCUGCUGGCAGAUGUCACAUCUUUGAACUGCUUCAGAAGUCAGCGGUCAUUCGCGCCAAUACAUGAUAUCUCUAGCAGAGCUCAUUGUGUACUGAAUUCCUAAAUGCGAACGAAGGGGUGUGGCUGUCAUCUCUUUUUUCAUCGAGGUAAUGCGGGUGAAGGCAUCUUCAUGUUGAGGUAACCUAGAGUUGCUGUCUGUUAGAUGCCGGAGGGGUUCGCGUACAGUGCUGCUGAGCUGUGGUAGGAACUUGGAAAGGAAGGUAACUACUCCAAUCAGUCGUUGGAGUGCUUGGACAUCUAGCUGGACGAAAAAUGAAUUUGCGCCAAAUUUGCUCAGCGCAAAUGUGAUUAAAAUUGUGCAAAAUCAGGAAUAAAUCUGUGCAAAGGUGGUAAAUGCAACAUUUGCAUACCUAUUUGAAAUUCCUCGGGUGCAGAUUUGAUUCCAAAGGGCAUUCGCGGUCAUGUAAAACGACCACAUUAGGUCCAGAAUGUUGUUAAGUAGCUAGAGGGAUCGUCUAAGACAACUUGUAGAAAUCUAUCUUUGGCAUCAACAACAGAGAAGACUUCAGCGUUAGUUAGCUUAGGGGCAAUAUCCUCCACAGUGGGCACUGGAUAAUGAUUUCUGUAUGAUAAUGCCUUUAUUCAGAUGGAGAGGGUCCAAGUUUGCUCGACUUUCUCACUGCAACCAUUUUACUGAUGACUUGGCAACUUUGGCAAUAACACCCAUGGUCUCAAGCUCUUCAAUCUUGGUUUUGAGCUUAUCUUUAACUCGUCUUGGAUUUUCUUGACAUUAGGAUCCAUACGUACCUAUGUGACAGGUGCCAGGUAGCAUGAAAAGACCAGUGAAGAUAUCCUCAUGGUCGCGAAGGAUUUGCUCUUGAGUUAAUGACUGAUUGCUGCUGGGGUCAAUAUGCAGGAUGCACUCUCCGUUGAAAAGAAUAAGCUUCAGGGCUUCAGAGGCUCUUCCAACUUUAACCUCUGCCUCGCGAGGUUUCUGCGAUUCACGUAAUUCUAGUUUUAUAACAUUCCGUCUUUUUCCCUUUCUUCACAGACAGUAAGGAAAGGGAAGUCUUUUUCUAUCGUGACAAUAUAACAGGAGUAUUUAAUUACAGGAUAUAGUAGAAGUAAGCACUCUUUAGACGUAGACACUAAUAAUGACAAAUAACGUUUCAGCGAAAAACAAGUAAGAAACAAUAAUAUUGUAAACAACAGUGUUCAAUUUAAUUUUCGAGUUGACCAUGAUACUUGACACGUACAGAAAUUUCAGUCGAGAAAAGGCCUUAUCGUCUUGGAUUUUUUUCCAUCCCUAGGCAUAAUUAGCUGGUUUCUAACAUAACACCCCUUUGAAGGCGACCUUUUGGAACAGACUUCAAUCCAUAUCUCGGCUCCUCGCCACUGGAGUCUCCACAGUACUGGAGACUGCGAAGUUUGAAGCUAUACCACGCUAGACGCGCGAUUUACCGGCAACGUUCUUCCUUUGUCAUGUUACUGGAAAUUUAAACUGCACCAUUGCCAGUAAUAUGAUCGAGAUACUUGUUGCGCAUAUACACGACCUAAAGAAAUGCCAGAAAUCGACAGCGAGUGUAUCAAAGUGUUGAUGCCUUUGCAGCGAACGUGAGCGUGGCAACCUCAUUCCCAGGGCUCUCUCACGAGGAUACGCGAGUGAAUGCAUAACUCUGGAGCCCUUCGGCAACUACGAAGGGAACUAUGUCGUUGUCUUAUCGUGCAGUGAGUUCGGGUCGAAGCCGAAGAGCCGAUCUCUGUCAACGCAAAUUGAGCGAGUGACCCAUUUGCAUAUCGAAAACCAUCACAAAAACACUUUUAAAAAAAGGAGUUAAAAAUGGUUUAAAAAGAGCCACUUGUGAAUAACGGUGGAGAGAUAGACUCACGGAAAACGACCUUCAGGUGAUACCAGGAGCUCAGUAGUUUUAUCGGAGCUAACACUGAAGUUGACACUUGUUUCCCGAAAAGGCAUUUUCAAUCAUGUUUUCGCAUUUUUUAAUAUUAAGAAAUGCGGUAAAAAAAAAAAAAACGUACAAGCUGAGUGUUCGCUUCGAGCGUUUUUUUCGCAGUUUUGCACCCCUUGAUGGCCUGUAGGCAGCAAAAGUACCAUGUAACAUUGAUCGGUGGUAGGAUGGAGAAGGUCUCAAUUUGUGAUGUUACCCAAAUAGUAUACCCGGCGUUUGGACAAAAGAGUCUAGUCAAUUUUUGUCUUUAUUAAAAAUCAUGUACCCUGGCGCAUCCAUCCUUUCUUCUCUAUAGCUCUACGUAUACUAUCUGAAAACUUAAAGAGGUUGAUUGUUGAUUUGUUCUUUGUGUUUUAGUUCUGAACAUAAAGACUGUGUUCAAAGUGGUAGUGGGAGGCUUUACAAUGGCAUCCAGCUUAGAGCUCUUGAUUCGUGACUCCACAUAUGACCAGCUCGUCGCUGCCGUUAACACCUGUGUGUUACCCGCUGGUGCUCACUUGAUACAAAUUUCCGAUGGAUGUGUGUGUCUCAAAGUUCAAGUAGAAAGUCUUGCAACGCUUGAAACUUUGUGGCGUUUAUAUGAGGAUGGCAUACUGAAGGCAAAAAUUCAAGCAUUGCUGGUCACAGACGAAAUGAGAGAGCUUGCUGGUGGAGAACAAGUCGAAGCGAUUGUAACCAUCGACGAACAAGAAUAUGAUAAAGCCAGCGACAAGUUGUCUAAUGAAACACAAGGUAAACUACGUACGGCUAAUUUUGCAAACGUGAUUGUAAAACUCUCUGAUUAUACUAACCGGGAUAACAGCUAAAUUUCUUUUAGGCCAUUCCCGUAAAGUGUUUCGUUUCCCAUCAGUCUCUCUGUAUUGAAAGUGAGUAUACCGGUCCGGGUGGGGCCAAAAAAGGUCGUGCCUAUAGCCGCGGGAUCAGGUUAUUCAAGACACUUUCUGGGACUGAUAAGACACCAGCAUGUUUAUACCCCGGGGUUUAUACCGGAAACGGUAACAGAAAGAGUCGUUCGCUCGUUUCCUUCGCGAAAGCAAAAUACACAAAAGUUUUAAAUGGUAAAAAAGGUAAUAAAGUGAAAGCUGACACCCUCGGGACUGCGGAAAAAUUAAAGUGUCCAUAACUGGCGCUGACCAUUCAAGGAUAUUAUUAUUAUUAUUAUUAUCAUUGUCAUUACAAGUGAUAUUGGUAAAAGUAAAUUAUAAUGAUUUUACACUAUAUUAAGCUUCGAGGCUUUUAGUAAACCUUAAAAUAAUUUGAUCAAGCGGAAGGGUUAGCUUUUUCGUCUUUCUUCGGUGCCGCUUAUUUAUACGACGAAGUCACGGUUCGAGGUUGUAUGCUAUAGUGAGAAGUGAUUCCAUUUGCUUUUAUUGAAAUGGUUGAAUGCAAAUUGAUCGCUCUUUUUGAUAUACAACUCUGACAUGUUCAGUGACGUGCAAAUCACGUCAAAGAGAAAGUAAAAUCAAAUAUUACAGCUGAUUCUUAAGUCGCGGCACAAGCCGAUUAAUAAAAUGGAUUCACAAAGAGAGAUACGAAUUGCUCUUACUGAAAAGAAAACAACAACUUAAUAAGAGCCUGCAAACCACUAAGCUGAAACUUACGUCAUUUUAGGCCCCUUUCAAAAGUGGAAUUUCUUAUGAGUGCCGAACACCUAUUUUUGUCGAUGAAAGUAAAUUAAAUACGGCAGUUGAUUCAGACGUCGGAUAUGAUUGGUGCCGCUGAAUUUAACUCCGAUUGUUGUAAAUAUUCCCAGUCUCUAGAAAUUUUUUUUAUCCAACGUGGAUAAGGGUUUCUAUAAUUAAUGCAUUUUAGUAUAUACUAAAACAGUGAAUAGUGUUUUUCGCGCCAUCUAAUUGGCUACUCAAUCAGAGAAUAUCCUGCACUAGUUCCUUCGAGCGAGCGACGCCAAACUCGCGUAAGUUAAGAGCAAAAUGCGAAUGAUGCCAACUCUCCCGCUUUUGGCGGGAGACUUAUGCGUUUUUGCCUCCUCUCCCGCUCUCCCGCUUUGGUACAUAAAUCUCCCGCUUUUUACGUCCACUAUAAAUAUUGAAUACUUAGUGAAAACUAAAACAGACUUAGUUUGAGAUUUAGCCCAUUUUUAGGUCAAAACUUCAAUUUUUCUUAUUCGCAGUACGGUUUCUGGGGCAUUUUAGCACGUAUUUAGUCAUUGACAAAGACUAUUUCUAGCAUAAAAACGAUGAUUUCGAAUUUUGAUAGUAUGUACAUCAUGUAAGACCGCGGCGACGACGACCGCGGCCGUUCGGUCAUUGCGCGCCAAAAUCGUAAUCGUUGGCAACAGUAAAUGAGUUAAAACUCAUCAUUUUUGUGCUCAAUUAUCUCACUGAUUUAGUAUAUACUAAAACAAUUAUUCACCGAAGUGGAGGUGAGGUGGCUUUGCGUUCUCGGUAAACACCUACCUACCACCAGCCACCUCCGUUUCGGUGAAUAAUUGUAAUAUAUUCGGCACAUGUGAAAUGCGACUUCUAAAUGUUAUGUUGAACCUAAGUCGAAUUUUCGAAUGUUUCAGUCGCAAAUUCGACAAAGUCGUAUUUAAUUUGAAACUGUCAAAUUUAGUUGAUUCAGACGUCCCGGCAAGCAAUUCUCUCGAAUUAAAUUAGGCACAUGUGAAAAUUGACGAUUGAGCUGGGUAAUGAUAACAGUGUCCAUUAUUACUAAAAAUACCGGUAGAUACCAGCUGUAGAUACACUAUUAUACACACCGCUUUUUUUAUAUUCCUGCAAACUUUGCUUUCAAUUUGGCACAUUUUGUUACUAGCUAUAUGCACCACACAGGCAAAAUGAGAGUAAAAAGAGAUUUAAAAAAAAGAAAAAAAAAUAAGUUUACGAAAAAUUUGCCCCAAGGGGAUUCCAACCUGGACCCUAAGAAUCAGUUGGAACUAAAAGUUAACGCCUCUAUUCACUGGAUCACCUCGGUAAAUGCGUGCUAUUUGAGUUUAAAAGAGGUAUAUAUUCCUACUCUAUGGUGAUUGGCAGUUUUCAAGGAUGACUUUUUUCUUUUCUUUUUUUUUUCAAUUUCCGUGUAGAAUUAAAUCUUUAACUGAUCGAAGCUAGACGUAAAACUCACAAUAAACCCAUUAAUACUCAUUCAGGCUUGGUCUAUGCCGGGGAACGUUUAAGAAAUUAAUGAACUAUCGAUCGCGCGGCUAUCGACUGAACCGUAUGACCGUACGAUUCUUUCUCUGCUCAUAAGGUGACUUCAUUGGUCGGAGAAAACAUUAACACAACAUUGUUCAUCAUUAGUUCCAUUGUUUUAGGUUAGGGUAGCAAACCAUUUGGCUUUUAGGGUUAGAGCAGCUGCUACAUGAACUCUCUCCCCGGAGUACAUCCUUUUAGUCUUUAAAGUUCUCCUUUAUUAACAAACGUUGAACAUUUAUUUCGGCAAACAAACAGUUAAGUUUAAGUUAAGUUAAGUUCUCAAGAGUAGGUGUCCUUUUCGAUUUCAACUUGCAAUUUCGGUCAAUUUACGCAACUUUUAAACUUCUGGCUCUGUUUUCGUUUGGUUCAGCUUUGAAAAUGGAAUAAUUGCCCCCGCAGGGAUUUCGCCCAGAAGGCGAAAUUCCGAGGAGGCACUCUAGUAACUCGCGCGUAUAUUAAGGAAAGUACCUACAGAUGAAAUAUACAGUCAGUAUGCCAGAAAAAAUCUCGAUUUGCUUGAACAGGGGCUGCGAGGAAUCGGUAGGUAAUGAUGACGUUUCUAUUGUUUGCGCCCGCAAGUACGAAAUGGUCAGGAUGACGUAAAGACAGAAAAUCCCGAAGGGACGGCUUACAAUAGGUAGAUUUUGUGACAUUUAUUGUGCAGUCAUACUUCGAUACUCUUUUGCGUUACGUGUUAUAAGUGACAUUCUGGGGAGCACUUGUUUUGAAAGUUAUGGACCAAAAGACACUCGUUAAGCGCAGAUGAAGUUAUAAGGUGCGUACAACUGUGUACAUAUGAACACUUGGAGAGUUUGCCAGACACAAAUCUUUGAUUGGAAACCUUGCCAGACACUUUCUCUCUCUUUGACCGGAAUAAGACUCAGCCCCAAACAAGCAAGAGACAAUACAGUGUAAAGAAUUGUUGAGAAAAACAGCAAAAACUUGCCAAUUUAUGACAAAAAGGUACUUUAAAAGCGAACUAAAACAUUCAAAACGCUUUGAUCACGUGACUGAUGACGUCAUGUCCCUCUUUUGGUCCUGUUCAUUACCCCCUUAAAUUAUGCCGGACGACAACUGGUUAUUUUUAAAUGCCCCACACAACCAAAACCUCAAAUAUGCUAUUUGUUUUUAACUCGUUAAUGAAAUCUUGUCACAGCAACAAAAAAACCUAAUUCGGGAAUAGUCACGUGACUGACGACGUCAUUACCUUAGAUGUGACAUGGGAAGAUAUUUUAUGGCAAAUGUUAUCUUGUCGUGAUCUGACAGUCUUCUACGUGUAAAAUUGUCAAAGUCAUAAAGCUUUGAAAAAAAUUGCCUCAAAGGAUUCUGGGAUAAUUUUUUUGGGAUAAUUAUAAUUUACUUUUAUAAUUAUUAUUAUUUUUGUUUUGGGCCACGUGAAAAGAACAAAGCUAUCCACAAGUUAACUUAAAGUGCAGCCGUUCUUUCCUGGUCGUAAUGCCUGAUGACUAACAUAUUCGUUUCAUAAAUAAUGCAAAACAAAAACAACAAAAAAGGCUAGACUGAACUGAGUUGGAAGAUCUAAUUAUGGCAGUUUCACGCACAGUUUACAUCUUAUCCAAAACUUUGUGACUGAUUUACAGGAAAUAACCAAAAAACUAAGUACUGCAUAAAAUUAAUUCUUGAUAGUAGUUGCUGAGGAAAUGGAAAAACUACAUUAAAAACAUGACAGUUAAAAUUUGAUAAUGAAUUAUUUCAAUCGUUACUUGCUCAUGGUAUCGUUUUUUCCAUUUUCAUUUCUUUUGAACCUCAGCCGAAGUAUGAUUUGCAUUUACUCUAUUAUUUUCGCACCAUAUUUUAGAUGAUCCUAAAGGCAAGGAAGAGAGGCACCAUAAAUACUUAGAGCAGGAAAAAUACGAGUACAUCCAGAAUUAUUUAGAACGAGCAGGAGACCAAACCAAGGAUUUGGAUGCACACAGCGUGAUGGAAGAAAGCGACAGUGGAAAGCCGGGAUCGAGUAGUGCACCAUCUGAAGUUGGAACGGAGGAAACCAACGGUAAACUUACAAUAUUUUUGUACAAACCUAGUGAAUCAGUUCCCCCGAAAGAUUGAAGCCUGGGAGCCGCUUAAAUUUCUCUUGGGCGGGCUUGGCUUACUCCGCUUGCAGCGCUUUGUCUUUUUUGUGAGUUAAUUUGUGUGUUUCGCUAGUCCGCACAACAGGCGGCGUUGUUUAUUGGGCGCGCUAAGGCAGCAGGGAGGGGGGAGGUGGUUGGGGGCGCGAGCGCAAAGCGCGAAGGGAGAGAAAAGAAAAUAUAACGCCUGUAGAUAGGCCAUUGUUCGUCCUCUUUCAAAUUUAAACGUUCAUCUCGCCAGCCUAAGUUUUGCUUGGCUGAUUUGUAUCACGUGACGCAUGGUGCCCUGGCUUGUAAAGAAGAAAACAAAAACGGGUGUGUUGAUCUCUACGUGUUCGUGAAUAAUACAACCGGUGCUGAGUAAGACGUAUUAAGAGAGCUCUUUUUUUUUGGAAAUUUUGCGCACCCCUUAGAGAUUUUAGUUCAUAAUUAAGACUUCACGUAUAAGUGACUCCAUUUCUGCUGAGUUAACGAGCGCAAACAGUAUACUCUUGUAGUUUUUGCUGCCCCUUGCAUCACGAUUUUUGCCUGUAGUUUAUGGCACGAGGUUUUGCUAACUUUCUAGCUUUUGCGGUUAAGUCACAAAUACUCUCAAAGAAAUGUAAACAAAAAAUCAUUUAAACCAGUUAAAUCUACUUGUCAUAAUUGUUUUUUUUUAAAUUAAGUUGUUAUAAAUGUAAGCAAGAAAAGUGAGAUUAAUAUUCUGUAUUGAUUUUUGGCUUGACUUUGCAGACUCCCCUUCCAAAUUGUGCUUGAACGAUCUUAGUGAAGACGUGACCGCAGAAUUGACGUCCAAACUUCGAAGCGACCCAGUGACACUAGAAAGAUUUUACCAGUCAUUCGGGCUUGAUUCUAAGAAACUGAGCGCAAGAGGAUUGAGGAACAUUGGAGAAUUUUUUCCUGACACUCCUGUCAAGCUACUGAAAGACGUUUUUGAAGCACUGCGAUUGUAUGACUUAGUGGAGUUGCUGGAGAAAGUAACAAAGCCACGCACACUUCGUCCUGCUCUUUCACUGAAAGAAAUAGAAAAGUUACCCAAUGUCAGUGAUCGCCCUACGAAAUUUUACAGUAAAGCACAAGUCUUGAUUAUCGAGUACUCUGACAGUGCUGCUAGAGAUGAUGAUGCAGAAAGGAUCGGAUCAUUUUUUAAAGGUCUGAAUCCACGGAGCCAAGUAACUACUUUGAGGACAAAGCCACCAGGGGAAUUACUUGAGGAUCUAGCAAAGUUGAGAGAAAGCCAGCGUAAGAAAGAAGACGAAGUCGUGAUAGCAGAAAGUAGAGAAGCGAUGCUUAAAGAUCUUCUAGAAAAGAAGAUACCAAGUAGUUGGUAUGGUGGUGAACGGAGAAUGAUCUGGUGGUCAAGAGAAAGAUUCAUCCCGGACACGAAUGAACAGCUGUUAAGCCUUUUCCACAAAGAGGAACCAGAGAUGAAAAAAGAACUAAAAGAGCUGGUAGAAAAAAGGGAGCAGUGGACCAAAAAAAGAAUUCCAGUUAUCGAGGAGAUAAAACAAAAGGAGAAAGAACUAAAGGAAGAGAAUGAGAAAUUUAAAGUGACUGUUUCAGAUGGCAUCGACAAAUGGAUAGAACAUGCACACGCAAAUGAUGAAGGUUAGUCAACGCAAAUCUAUCAGCUCUUAAGUAUUGAUUCCUUUUUUGAUUAAUUCUGUUCUGACAAAGCCGAACGGAGAAUCCAAGGAAGGGCUCGGGCGCUCCCCCCACAACCUCCCUUAACUCACAGGACGGCAGAAAGUAGAGGAAGUACAAAACAUUUGUGUGUGAGAUCUUUGUGUGUGGCGAACCUGACAGGGCCAUUGCCUAAUUUCAUUCCGCGCGGGAGCCUGGCACUACCGAAUUUCCCGGACUUUUUAAAAAGUCUAGUUUCAAAAUGACGGAUAGUCAGAGGAUAGUCAGAGUAAAAACUCGAACGAAAGCAUUCUUUUUCGAAGAAAUAUUGAUCAAUAUUCCCUCGGAGAAUCUGCCUAAACUUAGUAAGGAAAGGAUGCAGCAUUUCUGUCAUGCCCUGAAGCUAAACUUAAGGAGCCGAAACUCAGCAAGUGCAGGCAAUUGUUCGAUAAACAGCAGGUCGCUCAACCAAAGAUGACUAUAAAUUUUCGAGAGCAAAGGAUUCUCUGUUUAAUUCUACCGGCUUCUGUAUUGUAGAGGAUCAUUGCAGGCAAGAACUCAAACUGGUCACAUUGGAUGGAAUAUACCCGCGUGGUAAGGCUGCUGUAUUACUAAGAUCAGAAACCAAUUUGCAGGGAUAUUUGUUACAGUCUAUCAUGAUGCCUGUAUUGAGAAUCUUUUAUUGCGUUUAACUUUAUUUACAUUUCGAAUAAAACUUAAGGCCCCCCCUCCGUCAAAUGAGUGAUUUUACUUUGAUCCCCCCCUAUCUUAGCAGCAAUUUUAUUUAAUGCCCCCCUCUAGUUUUUCAGCCCCCCCUCCUGAUAAUUAUUGCACAGUCCCUUAUAAACAUGCUCGUAGACCCAAAAAGUUCCAAAAAGAGGCAGCUCAACAAGUGAGCCCUUGUAAGCCAUUGCCAUUUCACAUUUUGCCAAUGAAUUUAUACAUGUCUUGAGUAGUGUCUAUAAAAAUUACUAGAAUUGAAAUGUAACUGGAAGGUACAGAAUCACACGCAGGGGCCUCAAAAAAUUUAACUAUAUACUAUAUACAAUUUAUCCCCCCAAGAAAAAUUAUUUCUGUAUUAUAACAUUGCUCAAUGCAUGAGGUCUGACUGGUCACAGGAACUGCAGUGUUACCGGACGAGAAAUGGCUGUCUUUUAAGACUGAAGUAUACUUGCUUUUACCUGUGUUCAGUGAGAAUUGUCUCUGGUCCGAUCUUUAGGAUUUUUUAUUGAGACCGCACGCAGCGACGAAGAGAAAACCUAAUGUAAGCCUUGCCGACCUAAUACGAUGUUACUCUUUCACUCCGCGUCACUCUGGCGUGUUUUGCUUCUUGUAGUAUUUUACGGUUUGUAAAAACAGGUACACUCACUCUCUUAUCAUUCCCAAUAUUCGGUCGGAUCCAGCGCCGUAAAAAACGCUAAAUGCGACGGUUCUUUGUUCAAAUUUUUUGUCGAACAAUUCGGGAAUCCUUCCAAUACUUCCAAAGCGAAAGUCUUCAAUUUGAUCUUUCUUUUCUCGAGGUUUUUAAUCGAAGUUCUUCAUAGCAGCAAAGCAACUGUUCUUUGCUGUAGAAUAUUAACUUUCAAGGGUAAUUUGGCCCUUAAUAUCGUUUCAACUGCACGCAGUGACCUCUGCUUUACCCUCUGUUUUGGAAGCAAUUUAAAAAGUCCGGGAAAAUCCGGAGGCAAUAGACUUGCGUGUUUUGUCGUGAUCUUUACUUAACAUUACAGUCGAACCUCUUUGUUACGGACAGUGAUGUCCCAACAAAAUGCUCAUAUAUUUUCUUUAAAAAAAAAACCUCUAUAAUACGGACUCCCUCCCUCUGUAUUAGGCGGACACCCUGUAUUAAGCGGACACUACAUCAUUCCCCGAGGGUGUCCGCUUAAUACAGAUUUCACUGUAUUGUGAUGCCGGGAUACCAGGUGGAAAUUUUCCAAGUAAUCAAACUUGCCUGGCGGCCCGGCGAAUGAACCAAGAGAGAAGCAGGACAACAGGUAACCCACUGUUCAUGCGCAUCGCUUCCCCGGCUCAUGUGAUCAGGCCCUUACUGUGAGUUGUAUUGUUACGCAGUUUGCAAGUGAAAGCUUUGGAAUUUGCCGCUUUCGUGGUUCGUGUACGAGAGAAUGCCACUUAAGUAGUCUAAUUAACCCAAGGGUUUUAAAAAUAGAGCGAGGUUUGCACGUGAAGAUGUUACGUUGGACUCUGCCCCUUUUACGGUUCGACCGUGAAAGAAUGCAAUGUGUUUACGAGGUCAUUUUGCUCUACAAGAUUUCAAGAAAUCACCUUCUUUCCGAAAAUAUGCAGUGAUAUUAUAGAUCAUUCAAUGUUACCCUCAAUUAUCUCACGAGAUCUCUCACAAGAUCAUUGAAUUUGCGUGACAUCUUCUUUGGCGCUAGACAACUGAGAGCAACAAUGUUGUCAGACUCUUGGCAAUGAGCCAAACCAUUCACACCGUGUGCUGCGAGGACGAUUAUUUUCCAAAGAGAAAAUUUAAAUUAUCUAAUAGUUUGUUUCACUCAGUGUACUUUGUUUUUCCAAAAAGUUUGUUUUCUAUUGCCGUGCGUUAUCUGUAUGUAUGUAACGAAGAUAAAUGCUGUGUUGUGACACAGAGUGCGGCAGACAUUCGCGUCGCUUGGCUCGUUCACGUUCGCACGUAUUGCGUGUCUAUUGCAACUUUGAAUCAAAACAAGCGAACUCGAUUGCUCUAUUUGGGCGACGCCCAAUUAAUAAACGUAACCUCUUUAUUACGGACACUACGAUGAUCAAGUGAAUACCGAAUCCCGAUCAGGUGAAUCUGCAAAGGGGGAUAGGGUGAAUCCGUCUGGCUGAUGAGCUAUGCAAAGUGAUUUUAAAUAAAAGCCAGUCGCUGUCUAUACAACGAUUUCGAAAGGUGUACAGAGAAACAUAACCGGCUUUUUUAAGGCUUGAAUAAGUACAGAUAGCAUAAAGAUCUUUUCUAUAUAUUUUGUACUCUAGUUACUUUUUACACUUGCAAAAUGGUGAAAGACGACGCUUUCAAAAUUGUGCUUUACUUUACAACUUUUUACAUGCAGCAUUGCGCUGUAGCUCGUUUCGUUUUAAAACAGUGAAUUGUCUAACUUGUACUUACUUUGUAGCUGAGAUAUACAAUGUUAUGCCAUUGAAAGACAGUGUCUUUGUACUGUAAAUUAAUAAAUUUAAAUGCAGUUUAAAGACGAGUGUGAACCUGGUUUUUGCGGAUCUUGUUUACUGUGGGUAAUGUCGACUGAGAUAUCGGUCGACAUAGCGGUCGAUAUAGCGGUCGACAGUCGGUCGAUAUAGCGGUCGACAGUCGGUCGAUAGUCGGUCGACAGUCGGUCGAUAGUUGGUCGAUAGUCGGUCGAUAGUCGGUCGAUAGUUGGUCGAUAGUCAGUCGAUAGUCGGUCGAUAGUCGGUCGAUGGUCGGUCGAUAGUGGGUCGAUAGUCGGUCGAUAGUGAGAUAGACUAUCGGCCGAGUAUCGGUCGAUAUUCCGUCGACGCACCUCGACUUACUAUCGGUCAUAUGUCGGUGAUAUAUCGGUCAACUGUCGGUGAUAUAUCGGUCAACUGUCGGUGGUAUAUCAGUCAACUGUCGGUGGUAUAUCGGUGAACUGUCGGUGGUAUAUCGGUCAACUGUCGGUGGUAUAUCGGUCAACUGUCGUUCGAAUAUUAGUCGUGUGUUAAUUUAUCAGGUGAGUCCAAUGGCUUUUUUUUUAAGCAAAGACGUCAUUAAUUACUGUUAUCAUGCGAUGGGGAACAUGUGGCAAAGCAAGGCGCGAUUACGCUAUGAAGAGAACCGAAGAGCACUGGGAACUAAGGACAUGAUAACCUUUUUUUUCCAGUUUGUAUCAUCACCGAUCGUCUGAGUUUUAGCUGUUAAACAGAACCUGUCUCAGCCUAAGUUGAAUCUGCUGCUCCUGUGGUCCCGCAAAAAUGUAGGAAAAUGUAGGAAAUGCUAAGUGUCGACCGACCAUCGACCGAGUGUCGACCAAUUACUGACCGACACAUCGGUCAAGUAUCGACCAACUAUCGACCAAGUAUCGGCAAAGUGUCGGCGAAAUGUCGGCGAAGUGUCGGUGAACGAAAAGCUAUAUCGGCCGAGUCUCGACCGAGUGUCGACCCACUAUCGACCGACUAUCGACCGACUAUCGACCGCUAUAUCGACCGACUGUCGACCGAGUGUCGACCGACUAUCGACCGAGUGUCGACCAAGUUUCGACCGAGUGUCGACCGAGUGUCGACCGACUAUCGACCGAGUGUCGACCGCUAUAUCGACCGAUAUCUCUCGGUCGACAUUACCCACAGUAAACAAGAUCCGUUUUUGCUACUGAACAUAAAAAGGUAUAAAAGUGACGUCAUCAUAGUGACCUCUUUUAUACGGACACCUCUCUAAUACGGACACUUCGCUCUGUCCCUUCGGUGUCCGUAUUAGAGAGGUUCGACUGCACUAUUUUUUGGUCUUUUUUAAAAAAAGAUCAAGGAAUUUUUUUCAAACACAAGUAUUGUCUCUUCUGCUGUCAACAACACCUCCAAACAAACGGAGCGUAUUUUACAGCUGACGCAUUGAAGUUACUUGACUCCACAACACGACAAUAUAAUACGAUCCACGAUGUUGUAUCUUUUUUGAGCAGCGGCGCUUAAUACGAUAAAAUAUGAAAUGGGAAUGGUACGAAUUACUCCAAAUUCAUUGAAAAACCGGCUUAACGGCUUCCUGUACCCUGGCCUGUACAAUUGCGAGCAAUAGCGCUCCUUUUCUUCUGAUCGUGGAUAAACCAUUGAUAAUUAAUAGAUGAUGGUUAGUUAACUAGUACUAAAAAUUUCGAAUGUAUUUUACGUACCCGUGUGUUACUCUUAUGUUACCCUUAUGUACUCAUGUGGUGUUUUAAUCAAAUUGCACCAUGUCAACCCAUAACUUGAGAAAUGCCCGACAAAUGCCUGGGAACAAAUGGGCACGCCGGCUUAAGCCAAACGUGGCAUGUAUCCCCCGAAAACGACUGCUACGCACGCUAAAUCACCUGAUAGGUCAGAUGGAAGUCUUAGAAUGAAAAUAGGUAAUAGAAUCCUACCUUUUCCAUGCCAAACAAGAGUAAAAACAGUUUAUGUAGAAUGUAGCAGACAUGGGUAAGGUGAUUCAGAGAUGGUGACACUAGUCACAUGCACUGUCGUUGCUAAAGUAUGUUUUCUUAUUGCAGGUAAGGAGUCAGUCCUUUCGGUCAUACUUAUUGUGAACAGUUUCAAGCGCUCGCUCACUGAUGGUGCAAAAUUUAUGACACUGAUACGAAGUUGCUUAAGAGAAAAGUUGGCUCUGAUUCCAGAAACGAAGUUGGUGAUAACCAACAGUUCUUUGAUUGUGAUGGAAAAGGAAGAAAUUCCCCGCGAAACUCUUCAACUGUAUUUACCAAGGAGGAUUGUUCUAGCCACAUUGCCGGAGCUUCUGAACAAGCGCUGGCAGACAAUGGAUCUCAUUUCAGUGAUGCUGGAAUUGAAACGGACUUUUGUUACUAGAGGUGAGACAAUACUUCAUGAAGAGGAAGACUUUCCCUUCUUGUUCUUAGAUGAUUAUACACAGGCUAAAAUGGAUGAAAAUUUGUCUUGUCUUCCGAGGCUUCAAAAGACGGAGCUAAUCGACAGAGAUAAGUAACCUAUGAGCACAAAUAAUUAAAAGAGCACGGCAACGACGACAUCACCUUUAGUGGAAAUGGAUAAGAAAGUAUCAACAAAAAUAUAGAGGAGCACAGGCUGACGGAAAAUAACCAUAUCGGACUAGAAAGAUAUAACUAAGCAGCAAUAGGAGUCAGAUUAAUAGAUAAUAGAUAGGGUCAGGUUCACCAAACACACAAUAUACGAUACCAUAGCAUGGAAUUGAACGUGAAUUGUUUAAGGAGGAAGAGCUUCGUGCCGUCACUUCUGUUGCUCAGGGUAUGGUUGAGGGACUCUUUCCAAGCAUUUUCCCCGUUGGGUUCUUACCGAGUUUUUUUUUAAGAUUUUCACAUUAGGCGGCGCACACAGCCAGUUUAGUCUCGGUGACUUGAUUCAGGAUUGUUUAUAUGUACAUUGUUGUAUUCUUUUGAUACUAUGUUGAACUAUGUGCGUCUUUAUGGACGGUAGUUAAGACCUCGUCAGUUAACACUUAAGUAAGUCUUAGUUCGAGCCGUACCCAUUACCGUCUUGACUGUCUUAGUCGUGAAUAAAUAGAGGAGACAUUAGGGCCAUUUAUACGAGGAAAAAUAAGACGCGUCUUACAUAAGACGCGUCUUAAAUAAG